UCGCCCCGCCCCGCCCCGCCUGUCCCGCUCGCCGUGGCCGUGGCCGAUGACCGCGGCCCUGCCGUCCCGCCCUGCCGUCUCGCCCGUCCCGCCCGCGCUCGCACGUCCCACCUCCUCCUCGCCCUCUCUCGAUCUCCUCUGUGAACCCUAACCCCGCGCUCGCACGCUCGCCCUCUCGCCUCCGCCUCUGCUCAUCCUCGCGCCGCCGCCUCCGCCUCUGCUGGCCCUCGUGCCGCCGCCACCGCCUCUGCUGGCCCUCGUGCUGCCGCCACCGCCUCUGCCUCUGCUCGCCCUCGCGCCGCCGCCACCGCCUCUGCUUCUGCUCGCCCUCACGCCUCCGCCUCCGCCUCUGCUCGCCCUCGCGCCGACGCCUCCACCUCUGCUCGUCCUCGCGCCGUCGGGCCGUUUCCUCCUCCACGCCGCCUUGGUGCUCAUCAGGAAAAGCGCGGCUCGGCGCCGACCCUCGCGAGUGAGGUAGGACGCGCGCAGGAGGGAGCGGCGGAGCAAGGUGGGGCCGGUCGAGGUCUCUGUCAAUCUGCUGUUGUGGUCAUCGAUUUGCAGAUUCGUCGGGUGUUGCCGGUGCCUCCUUUGAUCUGACCCGGUUGCGUCUUCGUUCAUGGAUCUGAGUUUGGGAGAGAUACAACAGAGAAGACCACCAGAGAAACGGUCGUCCCGGACCCAGACUAUCAUCGCUAUACUUGGGAUAUCUGGUUUGUUUAUGUUUUGGAUUGGAGCAGCGACACAAGUAGGGAGAGGCAUGAAAACGAUAAAAUAUUGUGGCCGGCUGCCACCGACCGACUCGAGCUCGCUUCAGCCGCCUCCUACGAUCCUGCAGUUACUACCUCCCCAAGCAAAGUCAACCUACAACAACAAGGAUAUCCCUUUAGCAGCAGAAGCCUCUAAAGAUCACUCUAAUGUGGCUUACAUUGUCACUCCUCUUGGAUUGCAUGAGCUUAUGGUGGAUUACAAGGUGUGGAGGCCGGCUCUCUCGGUUCACUCAAGAGUACCUUUGUUCUGCUGUAGCUCAAAACGUAAGAUGCCAGAGCCACGACGCGAGUGCGUCUGCUUCCCGUUAGGAGAACAUGGUUUGAUGAAAGGAGGGUGAUGGAUGCGCCAUGGGGCAAGUCACCUGGAUUGUGUCGUGUUGGGAGGGUGAUGGAUGUGCCAUGGGGCAAGUCCGUCUGAUGAAUGGUGUGGACGGAAGAGCGACAAUAACUAUGGGGUUGGUCAAAGGUUGAAAGAAAUCUCUUAUGUGUCUUCGGUCUCGACACCACGUGUAGGUAGCCAUCAUUGAUAAUACAAACUUUGAAAAGUUUGUUUCAAGGUUCAUAACUCUGUUGUCAAUGGGGAAAAUGUUAUCUGUUUCAAGUGACAAAACAAACUACUCAUAGCAGGUUCAUGUGAUGUGGCGUAUAAAAGGUCGAACGUCAAGACGAUCAGGUGUAUGUAUCAAAAAAUAUGCUUUUGUGGAACUAUAUAGGUUCUUUGUCUCA